UGUGACCACUGCUCAGUGACAGCAGGCAGUCAAGACAGGAAAUGAGAAAAUGCAACUUCUCGCAAUGUUUAUAAGAAGAAUCAAGACCAAGGAUUUCAUUGACGAUCUCGUAAAAGACAGCAUUGUGUAUACCAGAGCUGUACUGAUGGGAAGAAAAGGAUUCUGAGGACUCCCCAAUAAAGUGGUAAAAUGAGUUCUUCAGACAAGUUGAAACAGACAGGCACAGACAGGAACAGACCUCAUCAGUGUCAGAAGUGUGGGGGAUCUUUCAGUCGGAUCUGUAGUCUAAGAAGACAUGAACUCACUCAUACCACUAAGAACCUGUACAACUGUGAAGAACGUGGCAGUAGUUUCAGCCAGCUAAAUGCAUAUGAGCUGCACCUGCAUACCCACACUGAAGAAACACCAUACAGCUACGAGCAGUGUGGGAGGAAUUUCAGCAACCAGAUUUCAUUCAGAAAACAGCUGAGUGACCACACAGGGCCAUACCAGUGUGACCAAUGUGAAAAGAGUUUCAGUCAAUGGGGCACAUUUCGGACCAAAGCACGCUCAUCUCUGGGACACAGAACCCAUCUCCUUCCUGAGCGAUGAUAUGAUGGCUGGACAUUCCCAUGGUGUUUAACAGAACAGAUGAACGUGGCACCUUCAGGCAUCUGGAAAUUACACCCAAGGAUGAACCAGACUUAAUGCAAGUCCACAAUUCUCUUCCUGAUGUCUUGGCUGAUUUCUUUUGAUUUUCACAUGAUGUUACACAAUGAAGCAGUGUGUUUCAGGUGUGCCUUAAAAUACAUCCACAGGUGUGCCUCUAAUUAACUCAAGUGUUGUCAAUAAACCUAUCAGAGGCUUCCAAAGACAUGACAUCAUCAUCUGGGCUUUCCCAAAUUAUUUAAAGGCAUAGUGAUCUUAGUGUAUGUAAACUUCUGACUUUGAAGAAAGUAAUAAAAAAUUGUCUAAAAAAUUAUCUCUCUCAAUAUUCUGGUAUUUACAAAUAAUUUUGGUAAUCCUAAUUGACCAAAAACAGGAAAAGUUUAAUCUGAUUUAAUGUUAGACGGUGAGAAAAAAAAAAGGUUAUGUGCCUUUUUAUAUAGUGUAUGUAAACUUCUGGUUUCAACUGUAACUUCAGAUCAGUUUUAAUUAAACGCUUAAAGUGUUAAACUUAACAGCAGCUAUAAUUGAUAUUUCUGUAAUAACAAUAUAUCAAAUGACUGUAAAAGGACUCAGUCGGAAGGAUGAAGCUACAGAGAAUUAUCACCUGCAUUUUAAGCUCCCCUCAGCUUUAUAGUCCUUUACAUUGAGUUUCAGCUCAUUGUUUACCAGUCUGGACUGUAAUUUUACUGUUUUGAUUCACUCUCACUGCUCUCAAAGUGUUGUUUUUUGGCUGCAGCAGGCAGCUGUUUUCAGAGAAAAAUCUCUAAGAACCCACCUUACACUACCUGUUCAGCACCAAAGAGACAGAAACAGCUUCAGACUAGGUGGUGAACAUAAAGGAGCAUUAUGAUGAAGACCCAGAUAUUUUACAUUAAUCUGGUGGACACAAACAUGAUGUGAAUGACAACACUGCUCCAUAACAACUCGAUGUGCACAUAGGCAACUGUUUGCUAACAAGUCGCCAUAUCACCUUAAAAGGCAACCUCUAUAAUUAGAUAUCUGCAUAUGCAUGCUGAAUCUGUAGACAAGUGACAACAUGUUUGUUGUGUAUGAAUAUUAAAAAACUUCCCUUCCCAUAAUGCCUUGUGUUCAGGCGGGCGCUAUGUAAGAAUAGAGCGCCCCCAUUUCACUCUCUUCUGUAAGGACCAGAUAUGUACAGCGUCAUGUUACUGUACGAGAUACAGUGAUCAAUAAAUACUCGUUAUACUGUUCAGCACUUCACUCUCCGCCUCCUUAUGUGUAUGCAUGACCUUUCACUCGGACACAACAUACUGGCGACGAGGUGUGGAAUAAUUAACCACGACUUUGGAAGCGGAUGGAAGUUGCUACACAGACGGCGACGUUAGCAGAAGAAGCUAGCACAACGAUGGCAGUGUACAGCAGCGAGACGGGCUUGUGCUUCGAUGAAAGCAACGAAAGUUUCAAGACGUACGAGCAAAGAUUUGCACAGUUUGUGGAAGCCAACGGAAUUGCGCAAGGAAAACAACGGGCUGUUUUCUUAUCCGUGGUAGGUGCAAAGACUUUCUCAUUACUGACAGACUUACUAGCACCGAAAAAGCUGUCUGACUGCACAUUAGAGGACUUGUUAAAAGCACUGAGAGAAUUCUAUGUGCCGAAGAAAAAUGUGUUGAACGUUACACAUUCCGUGUUCGAAAGCAACAAAAUGGAGAGACUGUGGCUGAAUAUGUGGCUGCGUUAAAAGGACUUGCAUCAACCUGUGAGUUUGGUGAUAGAUUGGAUGAGCAGCUGAGAGACCAGCUAGUUUAUGGAAUUAGCAGCAAAAAGCUACGAAGCAAGCUGUUAAGUGCCGCUUAUGGAGAAAAGCUGAAGUGGGCGAAAGUCAUGGACAUUGUUCACAAUUUCGAGUCCACCACGAGCAGUCUGAAAACAAUUCAGCAAACACCGCUUCGAACCGACAGCGUGAGCUACAACAAGGGAAAACCUCACGCACGCCAAAACGAUUCUGAGAGGAAACAAAAGUCAAGUGCCAGCGGCGGUGACAACAUCCAGUGCUACCGUUGCCAGAGAGAAGGGCAUUCGCCUGCGAACUGCAAAUACAAAGAUUUCCAGUGCAGAGCGUGCAACAAGAAAGGACAUCUGGAGCGGGCCUGCAGAACGAAGGAAUCCGGCAAGCAAGGCGGUGGUCAGUGAGCGUUAGCGAGGAGCGCCCCAGCCGAGCGAGAGACCCACACCGUCCUGAGAGAGCCACCGGACAAGGGGACAGGUGAUGGGCAGAGCCAACGGCCAGCAUCGCCUCCCGAGGGAGCCGCAUACGCGCCAGGACAGCCUCCAGACGCAGAGAAUUGUACAGACACGGAAGUAGCAGGGGUCUCAAAAGACUUUGAACUAUUUACAUUGAAAGUUGACAGUGAGUAUGUUAAGCCAUAUAUGGUUAUGGUGAGAUGCAAUGGUGUCAAAAUUAAGAUGGAAGUGGACACAGGUGCAGCAAUGAGUGUAAUAUCUGAAAAGCUGUACACAAAGCGGUUUAAAAAGUGUAAACUGCAACCAUGUGAGGUGCAUCUUAAAACGUACUCCUCAGAGCCAAUUGUGCUUAUGGGUCAAAUCCAAGUGAAAGUACAGUGUGGUGAGCAAACAAAACAGCUGACACUCUUUGUGGCAAAGGGGAGUGGUCCAACAUUAAUGGGCAGAAAUUGGAUGCAGCACCUGCGCUUAGACUGGUCUAGAGUGAAUCACUUACCAGUUACUGAUCCUCUAUCAGAGAUGUAUGAGAAAUACUCUACUGUGUUCAAUGCAGACCGUGGGGUCAUUUCAGGUGUAAAAGCAAAACUUAGAGUGAUAGAAAAUGCCAAUCCAAAAUUCUGCAAGGCUAGAACAGUGCCUUAUGCACUGACUGCAGCAGUGGAUAAAGAGUUACACAAACAGCAGGAAUUGGGAGUUUACACUCCAGUGGAGUAUAGUGAAUGGGCAACUCCAAUUGUGAGCAUACCAAAAACAAAUGGUGAAGUCAGAAUUUGUGGCGACUACAAGGUAACCGUAAAUCCAUGGUUAGAGGUAGACAAAUACCCUCUUCCUAAAACACAGGAUCUGUUUGCCAAAUUAGCUGGUGGAAAAUAUUUCACAAAGCUAGAUCUUACCCAAGCUUACCAGCAGGUGGAGGUAGAUGAAGACUCCAAGAAAUACUUGACCAUAAAUACACCAAAGGGGCUUUACCAAAUGAACAGGUUACCCUAUGGAAUAGCUAGUUCCCCGGCAAUAUUCCAACGUAUUAUGGAUCAGGUGCUUCAGGGUUUACCUAAGGUUGUAUGCUACCUUGACGACAUAUUGAUCACGGGAUCAACUGAGGCAGAACACUGGAAAAAUGUUGAUCUGGUGUUACAGCGCUUACAAGACAGAGGCAUACGGGUGAACAGAGACAAAUGUAGCUUCAGCCAGCCAAGUGUAACCUACUUGGGGCACAAAAUUGACUGUGAAGGGUUACACCCUGUAACCGAGAAAGUUGAAGCAAUAGUCAACGCUUCAGCUCCGAAAAAUGUCACAGAGCUUAGGGCCUUUUUAGCCUUACUGACUUAUUAUGGGAAAUUUAUGGAAAAUCUCUCAACCAUUAUCAAACCAAUGACAGUGUUACUACAGAAGGACAGUCAGUGGAACUGGUCCACCCAAUGUCAAGCCGCGUUUGAGAAGACGAAGUCACAGCUGGUGUCUUCUAGUGUUCUCACACAUUUCGAUCCACAGUUGCCGAUCUUACUGGCUUGUGAUGCAAGUGCAUAUGGGUUAGGAGCUGUGAUAUCACACCAAAUGACAGACGGUAGUGAACGACCAAUAGCGUUCGCGUCACGUACCCUGAGUAAAACAGAGCUGAAUUACUCACAAAUUGAGAAGGAAGCGUUAGGCAUCAUUUUUGGUGUACAAAAAUUCAGAGAUUAUCUCUAUGGCCGGAAAUUUGUAUUUGUCACGGACCAUAAGCCACUUGUAAAAAUACUGGGACCAACGACAGGAGUACCAGCAUUAGCUGCUGCGCGUCUUCAGAGAUGGGCUUUAUUGUUGUCAGCUUAUCAGUAUGACAUAGUCUACAAAGCGUCUUUACAACACGCCAAUGCAGAUGGGUUAUCCCGAUUACCGCUACAGAAAGAAGCGCCUCAGAGCAACCCAGAAUUCAGAGUGUCGUGGCUAGAAUCUAUCCCUGUGUCAGCAAAAGUCAUACAGAAAGAGACAGACAAAGACAAAAUACUUACCAAGGUGAGACAUCUUACACAAACCGGAUGGCCAAAACAUGUGAGUGAAGGUGACUUAAAACCAUACUGGAACAGACGUAAUGAACUUACCGUGGAAGCAGAUUGUGUUUUGUGGGGGUUAAGAGUAAUAAUACCUACCGCAUUGAGACCUAAAAUGUUGAAAGAACUACAUGAACAUUUGGGCAUUGUUAGGACAAAGGCUUUAGCUAGGAGCCAUUUUUGGUGGCCAAGCCUGGAUAUUGAAAUUGAAGCCAUGGUAGAAAGCUGCCCUACUUGCCAGAACAAUAGGCAUGCACCUAACAAAGCACCAGUGCACCCAUGGAAAUGGCCAGAGCUGCCAUGGGAGCGAAUUCACAUAGAUUUCGCAGAAAAAGGUAAACACCAAUUUUUAUUGGUUAGUGAUGCAUAUUCACGUUGGCCAGAGGUGAAAUUAAUGACAAGUACCACAGCUACAGCUACUGUUGAAGCUAUGAGGAGUCUAUUUGCAGCGUAUGGGCUCCCCCAAGUGGUUGUUUCAGAUAAUGGCCCACAGUUGGUUUCAAAAGAGUUCGAAACAUUUUUGGAAGCCAAUGGAGUGAAACAUAUCAAAUCAGCUCCAUACAAUCCAGCCUCCAAUGGAUUAGCUGAGAGGUUGGUCCAAACAUUUAAACAGUCACUGGAUAAACAGAAAGAUUCUGGACGAUCAUUGCAACACUGUAUAGAUAGCUUUCUAUUCAGUUACCGAAACACCCCAUGCUCCUCUACAGGAAAAACACCAACUCAGUUGUUUCUAAAAAGAAAUGUCAGAACCAGGUUGUCACAAGUGACACCAAAGUUUUCUGUGCAAAUGCAAGAAAAACAAGAAAAAGUGAAAAAUGAACAAACUCGUGUGAGAGUCUUACAGCCAAAUCAAAGGGUGCUGGUUAAGAAUUUCCGGGGAGGAGAAGGAAAGAAAUGGAAACAUGGUGUAAUUGAACAAGUGCUGGGUCCUCUUACUUACAUGGUUAACAUAGAUGGACAAAUAAGCAAAAAGCACAUUGAUCAACUGAUUGCUAGUAAGAUUUCUGGUGAAUGUACAAACACUGAGAAUGAUGAAGUGAUGGCCGAACAAUUGUGUGAUCCUCCUGAAACAGAGAUUGUACCCAGUCUUGAACUGGAAGGAGAUGAAUUGAUUGUAUUGGAAGGAGAUGAUUUAAAUGAAAUUGAGGAUGAACCAGUCAGUACACGACCACAGAGAAUCAGGCGUGCUCCUGAACGUUUAACAUACAGUGUUAAAAUGUAAUGUGUUAAUGUUGAAAUCUAAUGAUUUCAUGAGGUUAUUCUGUAAAAGAUACAGAUGUUUUUUUUGUUAUGGGUUCAGAUGGACUGACCAUGAUUUGUAAGUGUAAGGAAACACUAUUGUUUUGUUUUAACAGAAAUUAAUGAGGUUAAAGGUUUCC